AUGGUUUCGUUGCCCCCUUCACCGUCCUCAACGUCAUCAACAUCGACGCAAUCGAGCACGGCUACACCUCCUCCCCAACAGCAUCUAACACAACAGCAACACAGGCCACUACAACACCCACAGCCACAACAACAAAUACACUCGCAGCCACUAACACCUCAAAUUGCUACCCAUAGACCUGAAGUGUUGACAUUAAUGCAGUUUAAUUGUAACGGCCUCCUUAGUAAGAUCACAGAGGACGGCGUCCAAAUAAUAUCUUACGCCGAUGACUGCUCGAUAUUGGCCACGGGCAAUAGUAUUGAUGACCUUUGCGGCUUGAUAAACAGUUACCUAUGUGAUCUUUCCAGCUUCUUCCAUUUAAGGAAUUUAAAAAUAUCGCCUACGAAAUCCUCAGCAACUCUCUUCACCACCUGGACUAAGGAAGUAGGGCUAGAACUGGAUGUGACUGUCGAUGGCGAAAAAAUUCCGACGGUAAAUCACCCCAAAAUACUUGGUGUCACAUUCGAUAGCCUCCUUAUGUCCUCAGCGCAUACCACUGCAAUCUGCAACAAGAUGCGAAGUAGAAACAAGGUAAUCAAUUCUCUAGCCGGCAGCACUUGGGGAAUGGAUAAAGAAACCUUGUUGACUACCUAUCAAACGAUUGGCCGGUCAGUGGUAAACUACGCAGCGCCAGUGUGGACACCUAGAGUUAGCGACACGAAAUGGAAGAAGCUUAAAAGCUGUCAAAAUGCAGCCCUAAGAACGGUGACAGGCUGCAUUCAAAUGCCAUGCGAAGAACAUCUGCAUGACGAAACGAAGAUGCUUUCAGUUAAGGAACAUAACAUCAUACUGUCAAAGCAGUUCCUACUGGGAUGUCAUCGGAGGGACCACCCUAACCACCAUUUAACGGAGUUAGAACCCCCCGAGGCAUGUCAGGAAAGAUCUUCGUAUGUAUGAGAGUGACAUCCAAGAACACCUGGAUGAUAUAGAGGACGAAAGCUCAUACAGGACAGCUUUGAAUACAAUCCAUCAACAGGCGGUGGAAGACUCCAUCAAUUCCCACCGCGAUAGUAUAAUACUGGGAGGUCGUCCCCCAUCCGUUGCAAACGAGGAACGAAACCUACCACGUCGUACUAGAGUGGUAUUGGCACAACUUAGAUCCGGAUGGUGUACCCGUUUAAACUCGUACUGGUCGAGAAUAAACGACACCAUUCAAGAUCUUUGUCCUGCGUGUAGAAAAGGCCCACACAAUGUUCAACACCUUUUUAACUGUAGGGCAAAUCCAACUCAGUUGG